AUGUACUACUCUGGCCAGCUCUCCGGCAACAACAGCGCAUACCACUGCAUCGGCGCCGCCAAGUCAACCUCCUCCGUCACAGGUCCGUACACACCCCUAUCCCAGCCAAUCGCUUGUCCCCUUUCCCAAGGCGGGGCGAUCGACCCGGCCGGGUUCCUGGACCCCUUGACAGGGAAACGGUAUCUGGUUUACAAGGUUGAUGGGAACUCCCUCGGGAAUGGGGGUUCGUGUGGGAACAGUGUUGCUCCUCAGGUUCCGACCCCGAUAGUACUGCAGCCGGUGGCGGAUGAUGGGAUCACUUUCGUUGGGGAGAGGGUCACGAUACUGGGAUCGGACGGAGGAGGAUGGACCGUAGAUGGAGGAACCAGAAAUUGUGGUUUGUUUGGAGGAGCGGGGGGGUAUGUGCUUUUUUAUAAAGAUCAUUAUGGGAGCGAAGAGGGGUACUCGGUAAAUUAUACCCGAAGCGAGGAAGGUAACGGGGGUGUACAAGAGGCAGAAUAA